AUGUCCAGCACAACGAAGGGAAUGGACUCUAAUUCAUCGAAGAGUGUUUCUACAUUUGAUUUAGAACCAAACCCAUUCGAGCAAAGCUUUGCAUCAACUAAAGAACCAAGGCCCAGAGGCCCCAGUUUCGAGUUGGAUAAUGGUAGCAGAGGAGCGGCUAUUCAAAAGCUGGAGGGCGUUGACGUGGUGCCGAACGAGAGCGUGUCAGCCACUGUAGUCAGUUCCAAUGCCAAUGCCAAUGUUAUUGGGAAUACUACAGGGUCCCCUCUGAACAGUGAAGUCGUGGAAAAUAGCACGAUGAGACACUAUGAUGGUGCGGAAAAGGGUAAGUUGUCUUCGUUGAUGUACGGAGCAGAGAGACCCAAUAUACAUUCACCGCCGCAAUUGACUCCGGGUGGUAGUAAUAGACUACCACCCAUUUUACUAUCUCCAUCGUAUAUGCAGCAUAAUGCAAUUUCUGGAUCUGGUCUCAAUGGAGUGCCACAUCACCAGCUCACAGGACAUGUUCCGCUCGCAACGUCUCUUCCAACAAAUAUGAGUAGUGGAGCCACCACAGCGGAAAGCUUAAAAACCGGCUAUUUCGUCAACCUUCCCAAGACAGGCCUUACUCCCAACGAGUCAAGUAUGAGAACAGGUUUGACUCCCAUUCUCGGUACAGGCCAUAAUCUGGUUCAUCAUCCACCUUUUAAUACAUUACCAUCCUUCAGCAACGUCAAACCAGAACCUAAUUUUCACGAUGUAGAAAAUAACCGUCAAAAACAGAUGAACAACACAAAUUCAAAUUCUUUGGAGCUAUCGAAUAGUGAUACAGUGCAUACCGCGGAAGCAGCAACUCUUACCCCCGGACUCGGUUCAAUGUUGGGAUUGACGAACAAUCCGACAAGCUCACAAUUAAAUAGCGCGAUACAUGUUAAUGAAAAUGGCAUUAUCAGGGACAGCGACAAGAGAAGUGUCAAGCAAGAGGGAAGAAGCAGUAUUACAAAACUAACAGCAGCAAAAGUACCACUGGCAACGGCAGUACCAAUAGACCCAGCUGGAUCAAUCAUGAACAAAACAAAAACGAAAUCUUUCAGUGCAGGAUCACCUCCACAGAACAACGUACGAAAAAGAAAAUCCUCAAGCUUUAGUAAAACUUCCAGAACACAUAAAAAGAAUCAAAAUAGUGCUGCAGAGUCACCCCAGUACGAUAAUGUUAGCAAAGAGAAUAGUGAUGAUGACGAUCAGGAACGGAAACGAAAAGAAUUUUUAGAGAGGAAUCGUGUAGCUGCCUCAAAGUUUCGGAGAAGAAAAAAGGAAUACAUAAAAAAGGUAGAGGUAGACUUGAAAUUUUAUGAAUCCGAAUAUGAUGACAUGUCUCAAGCGAUUGAUAAACUAUGUGGCAUUGCGCAGAAGUCUGGAUACACAAAUGAAAAUAAAUCUUUGAUAGCAAUGUUGGAAACAACCAUAACUAAAAGUGACGUGCCAUCAUCUUUGUCAAUCUUAGCUCACAUUAAACAAGUACUCCAGGAGACGAGAUAUUUCCAACGUGGAGGAGUGAACCCCAGAGGGGAAAACUUACAGCAUGACUCUGAUGAUGAGGAUAGACAUCCAUCAGAUCAAGGAACGUCGAUCAGAGGUAGAAGCAGACAAGCAAGCACUUCAUCGGGAACAGGACAACGUAAAAACUCCCUCGACGAUUAUAAUGGAAUGAAUUCAAGACGAGCAAUCAUGGCAAUUGCAAAUCAGUCAAAUAGCUCAGAGUCAAACACAUCCUUCAGUACAGACACUACUACUAUGUCGUCUAACAGUAAAAAAGAUGCGGAAACAGGUGGAUUUUUGCCAGUAUCAAUUUCUGGGUCAAAGGGAAUGCCAAAAAAUCCAAUUGCAAGCGCAAUAGGAACAAUAAGCACUCUGCCUAAUGUCAUAAAUGGUACGCAGGUAAUAUCCUUGCCGGCCAAUGAAUUAGCAGUCGGUACUAAAGCGAUGUCUGGACAACGACAGAAUUCAUUUAGUGACUUAACGUCAGAUUCCGUCAAAUUAGCUACAAAACUGGAAAAAUUUCCGAACUCGACCUAG